AUGCGUUUCACAAACCCUAAUUUUCUCAGUCUUGAUCUACAGGCGGACGCUCACCCGCGGCAUCACCUGCAACACAACCGUUGGGAAAGAGGAGUGCGAGGAGGGGAAUCGGGGAAAUUGGUUUGGGAAUUAUUAAAUUUCUUUACCUGCAUUUACUUAUUUGCCGAACGGAGCUUAGUGUUGGGUGCUAAUUCUCCGGAACCUUCUGGAAGAACGCAGAGAUCAGAGAGGAACAGCCCGACAACUCCAGGAACACAGAAGAAGAAGCGACCUCAGAGGAAUGCUCCCACAACUCCAGAAACGCAGAGGAAGAAGCGGCGUUUCAGGCCAGGAACUGUGGCUCUUCGGGAGAUUCGUCAUUUCCAGAAGACAUGUUCGUUGCUUAUCCCAGCUGCUCCUUUCAUCAGAGCUGUAAGAGAGGUCUCCAACAAUCUGUCUCAUGGUUCUAUACGUUGGACACCUGAUGCUUUAUUGGCAAUUCAAGAGGCAGCAGAGGAUCAUUUAGUUCAUCUGUUUGAAGAUUCCAUGCUCUGUGCAAUUCAUGCAAAGCGUGUCACUCUCAUGAAGAAGGAUUUCGAGCUGGCUCGUCGAAUUGGAGGUAUAGGGAGGCAGUGGUGA